AUGGAAAAAGUCCAAACCAUAAAUUUUUUUCAAUGGUUGGAUGAGGAUGAAGGGGAGAAAGAUGGAAGAAGGGAUUAUAGGAUGAAACCAGAAGAAAGUUGCAAUCUUACCUUGAAAAUUUGUACCUUGGAGAAUAAAAUCAGCAUAUGCAAGAUGAAGAUCGAACAACAGAAGAACAACCAUAAACAAGAACUGGGCAAAGUCAAUUGGAAAUUGUCUACUCAUAGACUUGCAUUGAUUGUGAUGUUUCUCUUGCUACAUUGGAUCAUUGCCAUGGAAUUGUACAAACAUUGUAAUGGAAUUGUGAUUACACUUGCUAUUAUAAAAGAUGGUAAUAAACAUUCUAUUGGAAUUGAAUCAUUGCAAUGGAGUUGCACAACAUUGUAA